UUGAAGGAUUACUUCAUUGAGUUUGGAAAUGUAGUGAACGUUAAUAUUGUGACCGAAAAGGAAACGGGAAAGAAGAGGGGCUUUGCUUUCGUCGAGUUUGACGAUUACGAUCCCGUCGACAAAAUUGUCCUUAAGAGACAUCACGUGAUUAAAGGCAAGCGAACUGAAGUGAAGAAAGCGCUGUCGAAGCAGGAGAUGGACACAAUGAAGAGGAAGACUGAGGCCCGCGGAUCGAACCCUCGAGGCGGUCAGGGCGGCCGAAACGCUCCCGUCUGGGAAUCAGGUCCCGGUAAUUACGGCGGCGGUUACGGUGGCGGCGGAUACGGCGGUCAGGGAGGAUACGGCGGCGGAUAUGGCGGCGGUUACGGACAAAGCAAUUACGGCAAUCAGGGCGGAGGUUGGAAUCAAGGCGGUGGUGGUUAUGGCAUGAGU